AUGGCUACAUUGCUUCUGGCUGGAAGGCUGAGCAGAAGCGCUUGUGCCUACGUCGGGGCUCCGCGCUCACUGCUCUUUGUGAGACCCCUCUCGACAGUUGAUGCCGAGAGGAUCGCAAUCGCCCACCGUAGCACCGUCGCUACGCCACCACCAUUACGACGCCUAUCGUGCUCAUCGUCUCUUGAAGUCUCAACAAAAUCCUUGUCGGAACAGACGCCGACAGCGUCAAUAGCAACCGCUGACGACUCUGCAGCACCAGCCUUCUCGCUCCGGCCGUACCAAGAAGAAUGUAUCCAAGACUGUCUCUCCGCCCUCGACUGCGGAGUCACCCGCAUCGGCGUCUCUUCUCCCACAGGAAGCGGAAAGACCACCAUAUUCACCCACCUCAUAGACCGGCUCCCUCCUCGCUCCGACACAGGCGGACAACGUGUGGCCAUCAUCGUCAACUCGAUCGAGCUAGCACUUCAAGCAGCCAAUGCAGUCACCAGCAUGUUCCCCGAAAAGUCGGUCGAAAUCGAGCAGGGCUCCAAGUACAGAGCUUCUGGUAUGGCUGAUGUGACAGUGGCGACAUAUCAGACGCUGAACAGAAGCCAGCAGCGGCUCGACAAGUUCGAUCCGGAUGAAUUCAAAGCUGUCGUGGUGGACGAGGCGCACCAUGCAGCUGCUCCUUCGUACCUUAAGGUCUUGUCGCAUUUCGAUCCGCUCAUCGGCCUAGGUCUGGAGCAACGCCAGGGGCAAUGCAGCGUCCCAACCGCAAGCGUACCUGUCAUUGGCUUUUCUGCGACUUUUAGCAGACACGAUGGUCUAGCAUUAGGCAAAGUGUUUGACCGUAUCGUUUUCCAUAAAGACUUUCUCGAGAUGAUCGGCGAGAAAUGGCUCUGUCCCAUUCGUUUCACUUCCAUCAAAGCCGACAUUGAUCUCGCCUCGGUCAAGAUCUCGAAUCUCAAUUCCGACUUUGCUACUUCUUCCCUUGCCGCGGUUGUCAACACUGAAGUGGUCAACAAGAUCAUCCUCAAAGCGUGGAUCGAUCGCGCCCACAAACAUCGUCGCUCCACGCUCAUCUUUGCCGUAAACAUCGAACACGUUCAAGAACUGACCAACACUUUUAGAAGCGCGGGCAUCGAUGCGCGCUACUUGCAUGGAGGCACGCCCAUGCCAGAACGGCGUCAGCUGCUGGAAGAUUUCCGCAACGGAGUCUACCCUGUUCUUGUCAACUGUGCAAUAUUGACGGAGGGUGCAGAUGUGCCCGCGAUCGACUGUGUGCUUCUUGCCCGACCAACCCGGUCGAGGAACUUGUUCUCGCAGAUGAUCGGGCGCGGACUACGCCUGUCGCCCAAGACAGGCAAGAAGGACUGCUUGGUGCUCGACAUUGUUGGUAACAUCGAAAAGGGUGUCGUCUGCACUCCAACAUUGUUUGGCCUCGAUGCGGAUGACAUUAUCGAGGAUGAAUCAGCAGAAGGCUUGUUGGAAAGAUCGCAUCAAGCCGAACAGUUAGACUCAGCAGAAGUGGAGGACCAUGAUGAUCCAUUCGACAUCCCGCUGACAGACCCGACCAAGAUCACCUACAUUGACUAUGACGAUCCAUAUCAGCUUCAGCAGGCAAUGUUGUCACGUUCGAGCGUGGUCGAGACCAUGAGUUCGAACGCCUGGGUCGACUGCGGUGGUCAAACGUACAUUCUCGAUGUGCCAAGGUACGGAUUUGUUACUGUCGAACGCAAUUCGGAUGCAUCUGAAAGAGAUGAUAGUGAAAAGGCAGAGUGGACUUCCUGGUUCACGCCUUCUAACUCGGACGCAGACGAAGCUGCGGCUGCAUCGGGUCAUUCGACAACCGCUUCGACUGGUGGAUCACGCGGUAGUCGCAGUAGAUGGGCGACGCGUAGUGGAUCGCCUUAUCGUCGACCGCGCCACGUGCUCUUGUCGACUACACUGGAACAGGCCAUCCGUGGUUCCGAUCUGUACGUCCAGAAAUCCAUCCUGCGUAACUCACCGCAGCUGUUCGCCAUGCUUAACCGCCGAGCUCACUGGCGGAGCACAAAAGCCACCGACUCGCAACGAAGGCUCGUAGAGAAACGUCUGGGGCUAUCCAAGUCGAUCCCCACUGCAGAUUCAGAUGUGCUAGGCACAAACCCAAAGAAAACAGCCCUCACAUCGCUGUCACAACUCACCAAAGGCCAAGCAUCCACGAUCCUCACUCGACUCUUGCAUGGAGCAAAGGCGAGGUGGAAAGACAAAGCCAAGCAAGCUAACAAAUUGUGGCGACACAGCGAAAGGGAAAAGGCGAGAGUGCAGAGGGAGACAGUCAAGGUUGGCCCACUGCCUGUCGGCUAA